UAUUCAAUAUGCAUCUAUCCGGGAAGAUACUCAAUGGGGGUUGAAGAUAUUUCGGUAUCUAAUCGCACAAUACCUAUCGGACUCAUUGUGAUCAAAAUGAUUCGGGUUGCUUAGACAUACUAGUGACGAUGCGUAUGGGGUGUUGUGAGUAGCUAGACAUAGAUGACCUUGCUAACGUAUCCAGUUUAUGUAGCCAAAACGCCCGUCUCCCAAAUAAGACAGUGACAUAUCUGAUCUACUAAACUACAUAAACAUCAUAAACAAAUAGCCAUGGAUUGGUUCCGUCUCCCGCGCCUCGGCCGUGAUACGAUCUGGAUAUACUCGUCGGCCGUAAUUGUUGCAGUAGCAGGGCUUAUCAAGAUUCGUCAGGGCGUGGUAGACUACGCUUACACGGAAACCUACUGCUAUCAAUCUGUGCGCAUAAAUUCAGCUGUAGAGCCCUCUGCGAAUUGCUUCUCAGUAUCGCCGACAGGGAAAUUUUCUAAGGUCUUUAAGGCCGGAACUGGUACGGAGCUUGCUCGGAAUGCAAGUUCGGGGUUUGCUAUGCCAGGACUGUGGGACGGACAUGGACAUCUUCUACAGUAUGGUGAGUUUUUGAACUCGGUAGAUCUUUUCGGAUCUACUGCUAUGGAUGAUGUUCGGUCUCGUAUACGAAAAUAUCUUGGCCAAACCCCCGGGGCUGGGUCGAAGGAGGAGUGGCUCAGAGGCGUUGGAUGGGAUCAGAUGGCUCUUGGGCAGAUGCCGACUGCUAGUGAUCUAGCGGCGGAUAAAGAACUAAAGGACUUAUACAUCAUGCUAGAUAGAGUAGAUGUACAUUGUAUCUGGGUUUCUCAGGCAGUGUUGGACUUGCUCCCGGAGUCUAUCCCCGAUGUUCCUGGCGGUGAAAUCAUUAGAGAUCCUGGGAUGGGCGUGUUCUGUGAUAAUGCGAUGGAUAUGGUCAUGGCGUUAUGGCCGAAGCCGGACGAUAAGAAGAAGCAGCAAUUCGUAAAGAGUGCCAUGGGGAAAUUAAAUGAAGUAGGACUCGUGGGUAUACAUGAUGCUGGUGUCACGCCCGGCAACCUAAACCUCUUCAAAGAGCUAGCAGCUGGUCCUGACUGGACGGUACGAGUAUACGCCAUGAUAGAGUGCUACGAACGGAAUACGUUUUGUCCAAACGAAGUGGAACGAUACACAAGUCCAGAUGGCUUUUUAAGUAUACAGAGUGUAAAGCUUUUUGCUGAUGGUGCUCUAGGAAGCUGGGGUAGCGCUUUAAUCGACCCCUAUACCGAUCGUCCAGAGACGUCGGGCUCUCUUCUUGUUAAUGCUUCGGAAUUGGUAUACGACACGAUUGCAUGGGCCAACGAAGGCUUUCAAGUCAAUAUACAUGCAAUUGGCGACCUGGCAAACCGGUAUGCAAUCGACGCCAUGGUUGCCGCCCUCAGGCUGCUAUGUCCCAACGAGCCUCUCUCACGCUGCCAGUCCUACCAUCGCUUCCGCAUCGAGCAUUCUCAAAUUAUCCACCCGGACGACCAGGCUCGAAUACACGCAAUCGGAAUUAUCCCUUCUAUCCAGCCUACCCACGCUACAAGCGAUAUGGCAUAUGCGGAGAAGAGACUAGGCAAGGAACGCACCGCGAAGGAAGCAUAUAGGAUGCGCUCGCUCCUAGACGCCAAACCCGUGUUAGGAAGUGACUUCCCCGUCGAACCGCCUAACCCGUUCCAAGGCAUCUACGCGGCCGUCACGAGACGAAGUCCGCAUACCGGCCGAGGCACGGAUGACUCGCCUGACGGGUGGCACACGGAGGAGGCUCUCGAUUUGGACCAGGCGGUCUGGGGCUUUACCGAGGGCCCCGCGUACGGUGGGUUUACGAAGGGCAAGACCGGAGUUAUCAAGCCGGGAGCCUACGCGGAUUGGAUCGUUCUGGACGCGCCGCUAGAGAACCUUGAUAUAGAAGAUCUGCGCGAGCUGAGGGUGCGGGAGACCUGGGUAGGGGGGAAGAAGGUCUACUCGCGUGACUAAUAGAUAUGGUUGGUGGGAUAGAUCUUUUUAUUAUUUUAUCAUCUAGAGAGUAGAGGGUGGGUCUAUGAGUCUGUGACGUCUGCUAUGAUACAUAGCAUAAGUAGAUAAUUAAAUGAGAAUUCUAUUGAAAUG